CAAGCAUUGAGUGUGUUAAGAAACAAUCGUUUCUUUGGUUAUCCACACAGCUGACAGCCAAAUUCGUGGUGUGGGAACUGUUCUGGGUUAGAUAAAAUGUGUAUACGUGUGCCUUAAUAUUAGUGAAUAUGGCUACUAAGCAAUCCGAAGAAGCACAAGAAAAUACUUGUGUUGUAUGUUUUAAAGGAGUGGACAUUUAUUCUAUUGGGCAGUGUGAUCAUCCUGUUUGCUAUGAGUGUUCCACACGCAUGAGGGUACUUUGUCGUCAAAAUGAAUGUCCAAUAUGCAGGCAGGACAUGCCAAAGGUUAUCUUUACAAAGGUAAUAUCUCCUUAUAAUUCAUUAAAAAACAUCAAUGGAAUGAUCGACAAGAAAUUUAAAAUAGUUUUUGAAACUGAAAUAGAAAAAAAUGCAUAUGAUGUAUUACUUGCCCAUGAAUGUCCUAAGUGUUCCAAGGUUUUUGUGAGCUUCGUUUACCUUCGAGAUCAUGUUCGAAGAGUUCAUCAAUUAAAUUAUUGUGACCUCUGUGUAGAUAACCUGAAGAUUUAUUCUCGAGAAAGAAAAUGUUACACUCGAGCUGAAUUAAGUCGCCAUAGAAAAGAGGGAGAUCCAGAUAACAGAUCUCAUAGAGGUCAUCCUCUUUGUGAAUUUUGUGAUACACGCUAUAUGGACAAUGAUGAACUUUAUCGUCAUCUCAGGAGAGAUCAUCUCUUUUGCCACUUUUGUGAUGCUGAUGGUCUCCAUCAAUAUUACAGUUCAUACGAUUUUCUGAGGGAUCAUUUUCGAUCUGAACACUAUUUAUGUGAGGAGGGUGAUUGUUUUAAUGAAAAGUUUACAGCUGUUUUCAGAAGUGAAAUAGAUUUAAAAGCCCACAAAGCUUCUACUCAUGGUAAGGAGCUAGGGAAAGCAGGACUGAAGCAAGCAAGAACGUUGAAAUUGGAAUUAACAUUGACACCUCGUCCUAGACCCCUACAUACUAGGCCACCAAGGCAUAGAGAAGAGGUAGUGGAUAUUCCUGAAAGUGCUGGUGCUGUUGGAGGUGCCUCAGAAGAAGAAACAGCAAAGAAAGCUCCUGAGCUGAAAAGAGAAGAAGAUUUUCCUGCUUUAGGUUCUGAUUCAUCCAGCGCAAGCCUAAGUCUAAGAGUUACUUCUGUAAAACAACCGUCUCUUUCCAUUCAGGUUAACCAUCCUAGGUUCACAACAAGAGUAACAUCUCAAAAUAAUUACAAUUACCAUUUUCCUGCAUUGGAUAAUGCUUCUGGUGGUGAAGCUGCUGCAACUUCAGUAUCAUGGUCAGCCUGCUCUGGAGGCGGUGGAAGACGGCCUGUGGAUCAAAAGACUAAUUGUAAUCGCCCACCUCCAGAAGAUUUUCCUAGCUUAUCAGCUCCACCAAAAAGUUCCACCCCUCGAAUUUCAACGGGAGUUGGCACACAGUCAGAACCUAGUGAACCAGAACCCCACAACCAUCAGCUACAGCAACAGCAACCUUUCAAAACCAAAAAGAAAAAAUCUAAAUCUGGAAAAGGCGGAGGAGAAUCAAAAAUGACCCCUGCACCUUCAUCUAGCCAAUCAUCUGUAAAUGGAGAAUCUAAGUCAAAGAAAAAUAAAAAAGAUGUGAAAUCGACACCUAGAAUCGAAAGUUCUUCCCUCAUAGACAACAAUAUUGAAAAUAUUAAUAAUAAUCACAGUAAAUCAGAAAAUAUUUUGAGGACUGUUUCAAUUGUUCCAGAAAAUGUUUCACCUGUCGAAGUUAAAGAGAAACGGAAUGGUGGCUUGCCUUCUGGAGGAGACGACUUCCCUUCCCUAAGUGCACCCCCUGGAUUUCCUGCUAUGCCUCCUGCUGCUGCUGCCCCACGUUGGGAGGUUAAAAAACCUCCUAAACCACCCCCUGGCCUCGGAAAGCCCCCUCCCGGUUUGCCGCCUCCGGGAUUUUCAGGGCUCAAUGGUGGUUUUCCGCCUCUUAUUGGUGGACCAGCUGGAGAAGAUACUGCAGUUGGCGGAUACAUCACCCCUAGUAAUUUUGCUAAGCGAAAUUCUUCUUUAGUAAAACUUAUCAAUACCUCACUUGUUGGUGAAACAUUGGAUGAAUUCAAACAAAUAUCUGUGGCAUUCAGGAGGGGAUCAUUAGCAGCCCCCGAGUAUUAUGUUCAUUGUAGAGAAAUGUUGGGUCCUGCAAACUUCAAAGAACUUUUUCCAGAACUUCUAGCUUUGUUACCAGAUAUUGCCAAACAGCAGGAACUUUGGAAGGUUUAUAAAGUAGAAAAUAAAAACAUGGGUACUACGUCCUCUAAAAAGAAAGGGAACAAAUUAGAAGCUUGUGCAACAUGUGAGCAGAUUCUUCGAUCAUCUGAUUUGAGGGAACAUCUCGCAAAGCACAGUGGAAUGGCAAACCAACAUAUCCCUCAAGAGCAGAGUAAUCCUUGGUCAAAAGUUAACUGACUUUUUCUUAACUAAUUAAUUUUGACCAUGCAAGAUCAUGUAUAUAAUUUAAGAACUAGGUGUUCUUUAUGCAUGUAUUUGUAUUUAUUUGUAUAUGCUGCAUAUAACAAUUACAAGGCUGUUGAAAAAAGUUUUUUGCCUUUAGAUACCCAGCAGCAUCAGGAACACAAAUUUACUUCCGCAUUUUGAUCUCCAUUCAUAAGAAAUACUUUUGUGUGUAAUAUAAUCAUUGGUGUGGUAUUCAUCUGUUUCAUUUUGUUUUUAAUUAAUUUUAUGCCUCAGUCAAUUCUGCAAUGGAGUUCAUAUACAUAAAUAAACUUGGCAAUUUAAGUAAAAUAGUUUCUCUGAAUAUCUUUCAAGAUAAUCAUUUUUAGUUGAAAACUUAUUUAUCUUUUUGUUUUGUUUUUGUUUCUAUAACAAUUCAUAAAUUUUAUUAUUUUUACUUUUUUUUUAAAUAU